ACACUACUGUCUACUUGAAUACCACUAACUCAAUAUUCACCACUCCAACGAACCAAACCUUGUUGAAGUCUCUUCAUCUUCUACCUUUCACCUUACUCUGUUAAAGCUCAUUAACUAACAAUGGCUUCCAACGCCUUAAUGAGUUGCGGCAUCGCCGCCGUGUUCCCGUCUUCUCUAUCUUCUUCAAAGUCUAAGUUCGCCGCCUCCGUACCGUUGGGUAAUGUGUCGUGCAAUGCCUCUUCACGGUUCACCAUGUCGGCUGAAUGGAUGCCCGGUCAGCCCAGGCCCGCCCAUCUUGAUGGAUCAGCUCCAGGUGACUUUGGAUUUGACCCACUUGGGCUUGGAGAAGUUCCAGAGAAUCUGGAGAGAUUUAAGGAGUCCGAGCUCAUCCAUUGCAGAUGGGCAAUGCUUGCAGUUCCAGGGAUCCUUGUACCAGAAGCGUUGGGAUUAGGAAACUGGGUAAAAGCACAAGAAUGGGCAGCCCUUCCAGGAGGUCAAGCAACCUACUUAGGAAACCCAGUUCCAUGGGGUAACCUCCCUACUAUUUUGGCUAUUGAAUUCUUAGCUAUUGCAUUCGUAGAACACCAAAGGAGUAUGGAGAAAGACUCUGAGAAGAAGAAGUACCCUGGUGGAGCUUUUGAUCCCUUGGGUUAUUCUAAGGACCCUAAGAAGUUUGAGGAGUUGAAGCUUAAAGAGAUUAAAAAUGGUCGUCUAGCGUUGUUGGCAUUCGUGGGGUUCUGCAUUCAACAAUCAGCAUAUCCAGGAACAGGUCCGUUGGAAAACUUGGCUACUCAUUUGGCUGACCCAUGGCACAACAACAUCGGAGACAUUGUUAUCCCUAGAGCACUUUAAAUUUCUCCAAUUCAAUGUAUGUUAAUGUGUGACAGAAUUUUAAGAUCGAACUAUCCCAUGCUGUAAAAAUCCCUUGCUUUUUAAUAUUGAAAUUUGUAAGUUGCACGAAUAUCAAGGUGUAAUUCUAGAACAAUAUGUCUAUGAGAAAAUACAAUUUCAAGGAUAAUCUUAUUCAA